CCGCCUUCCUGAGGUGCUGGAGAGGUGGGGAGGCUGCGUGUGACGGGCGAGGAUCCCCGCUGGUACUGUUGUUUAUACCGCUGUUCGGCUCUCGCUCCCCGCCGUCUCCGGGAGUGGAGGCGGAACGUCGCUGCGCUGAGGAGGAGUUGCAGGCCGGACACGUUGCUGGUGCACAAUCUCAGUUCCGGCCGAAAAGGAGGAUGAGUCCUGGGGAGCGGCGGCUGUAAGACACUACUAGAUAGAGCGUGAGCUAUGGAGAAGCCGGGCCUGCAGACCGUCUACCAGGCCGUGCAGGCACUCUACCACGACCCGGACCCUAGCGGGAAGGAGCGGGCAUCGCUAUGGCUGGGAGAGCUGCAGAGAUCGGUGUAUGCUUGGGAGAUCUCGGACCAGUUGCUGCAGAUUCACCAGGAUGUGGAGUCUUGCUACUUUGCAGCACAAACCAUGAAAGUGAAAAUUCAGACCUCUUUUUAUGAACUGCCCGCAGACUCCCAUGCUUCCUUGCGGGACUCUUUGUUGUCUCAUAUACAGAACUUAAAGGACAUGUCCCCCGUCAUUGUCACUCAGCUGGCUUUAGCAAUAGCAGAUCUUGCCCUGCAGAUGGCUUCUUGGAAAGGCUGUGUGCAAACCCUUGUAGAAACAUAUAGUAAUGACGCCUCCUCAUUACCCUUCCUCCUGGAGAUCCUCACUGUGCUACCUGAGGAGGUGCAUAGCCGAUCCCUGCGUAUCGGUGCUAAUCGGCGUUCUGAGAUCAUUGAGGACUUAGCGUAUUACUCCAGCACUGUGGUCUCUCUUCUGAUGAACUGCGUGGAGAAGUCUGCUGGCAAUGAGAAAAUGCUGAUAAAAACAUUUAAAUGUUUGGGCAGCUGGUUUAAUUUGGGCGUCCUAGACAGCAAUUUUAUGGCAAACAAUCGACUCUUGCUGGUCCUCUUCCAGGUCCUGCAACAGGACCAGACCCCUUCCAAUCUGCAUGAAGCUGCUUCUGACUGUGUCUGUUCUGCCCUCUACGCUAUUGAAAACAUUGAGACUCACCUAAGCCUGGGAACACAGCUCUUCCAAGGAGUGCUUACUCUUGAACCAGCUUAUCAUAUGGCAGUGGCUCGAGAGGACAUGGACAAGGUGUUGAAUUAUUGCAGGAUGUUUACAGAGCUGUGUGAAACCUUUCUAGAGAAGAUUGUUUCUACUCCAGGUCAAGACCUCGGAGAUCUACGAACGCUGGACCUUCUCUUAAUUUGUGCGGGUCACCCACAAUAUGAGGUAGUUGAAAUCUCAUUCAACUUCUGGUAUAGACUGGGAGAACAUCUUUACAAAAUAAAUGACGUUGUGCUCCACAGCAUCUUUAAACCAUACAUACAGAGGCUUCUGCAUGCUUUAGCGCGACACUGUCAGCUGGAUCCAGAUCACGAGGGAGUUCCUGAGGACACAGAUGAUUUUGGAGAAUUUCGUAUGAGGGUUUCGGACCUAGUGAAGGAUCUGAUCUUUCUGGUGGGCUCUGUGGAGUGUUUCUCUCAGUUGUAUUCUACCUUGAAAGACAGUAACCCACCAUGGGAAGUCACGGAGGCUGUGUUGUUCAUCAUGGCUUCCAUUGCCAAAAGUAUAGACCCGGAUAAAAACCUAACUUUAAUAGAAGUGUUAGAAGGUGUGGUCAGGCUUCCUGAAUCUGUGCACGUUGCUGUGCGUUAUACUAGCAUUGAACUGGUAGGGGAAAUGAGCGAAGUCGUUGACAGAAACCCUCAGUUUCUUGAUGCGGUGUUAAAUUACCUAAUGAAAGGCUUGUGUCAACCAGCCUUGGCUUCCCCCUCUGCCAAAGCCAUCCAGAAUAUUUGCUCUGUGUGUAGAGACCACAUGGCACAGCACUUUACAGGACUUCUGGGGAUUGCAAAAUCCUUGGAUUCUUUUACUCUGCCACCUGAGGCUUCUGUGGGACUUUUAAAAGGCACAGCAUUAGUCCUGACUCGUCUGCCUCUGGAUAAGAUCUCGGAGUGCUUGAGUGAGCUGUGUUCUGUCCAGGUUCAAUCACUUAAAAAGCUUCUAUCCCAAGACCCUAACAAUGGUAUAUCCUCAGACCCCACACUGUUUCUGGACAGACUGGCAGUCAUCUUCAGGCAUACUGCUCCCACAGUGGAAAAUGGGCAGACACAUCCAUGUCAGAAAGUCAUCCAAGAAAUAUGGCCUGUGAUGUCAGAGACGUUAAAUAAGCAUCGUGCAGAUAAUCGCAUUGUGGAACGGUGUUGUCGGUGUCUACGUUUUGCUGUGCGCUGUGUCGGGAAAGGAUCAGCUGCUCUCUUGCAGCCUCUUGUAACGCAGAUGGUGAAUGUGUACCAGAUACACCAACACUCAUGCUUCCUCUACCUAGGCAGCAUUCUGGUUGAUGAGUAUGGAAUGGAAGAAGGGUGUCAGCAAGGGUUACUUGAUAUGCUGCAAGCUCUAUGUGUACCUACCUUUCAACUACUUGAGCAGCCAAAUGGGCUCCGUAAUCACCCAGAUACAGUAGAUGACAUGUUCCGCCUCUUAACAAGGUUCAUUCAGCGGUGUCCCAUUGUCCUGCUGCGCAGUCAGGUGCUGGUGCAUGUUUUGCAGUGGGCUAUUGCUGCCACUGCACUAGACCAUCGAGAUGCCAAUUGUAGUGUCAUGAAGUUUCUCCGUGAUCUUGUCCAUGCUGGGGUGGCCAAUGAUCAUGAAGAAAACUUUGAGGUUCGGAAGGACCUGAUCCAGCAGGUGUUGAACCAGUUUGGACAGCAGCUGAUAAGUCAGCUCCUACAUGCGUGCUGUUUCUGCCUCCCACCUUACACCUUGCCUGAUGUGGCUGAAGUCAUCUGGGAGAUCAUGAUCUUUGAUAGGCCGACAUUUUGUAGAUGGCUGGAAACAUCGUUGAAGAGUUUACCAAAGGAGAUGUCAGGGGGCGCUAUCACAGUGACUCAUAAACAGUUAACAGACUUCCAUAAGCAAGUCACAAGUGCUGAGGAAUGUAAACAGGUGUGUUGGGCUCUGAGAGAUUUCACCAGGUUAUUUCGAUAGCUGUGCUCCUAGAUCACCCAGCCUGUCACGUGAAGACAGGUUACCCAGGCCACUAAGACGGCACCUUCCGAACAGAGAACCAUUGUGGAUUGGCUUCUAUACCCCAUAGUGUGUGAUGCCAAAUGGGGGACGCAAAGCAAGGAAAACGACAGACCAGAAAGCUUUGUGGAUGGCGUCCCCAUGUAACGUGUGCUGAAGAUAAUGUAAAGAACUGGGAAAAAAGUUAAACCCCUUCACUUCUGGUAAAUGUUCCCUGUAGAGCUGUGGUUUCUGUAAGAAUCUUCCACAGUAGUAAGAACCUCAAUGAGCAAACCGUGCCAGAAGUGUAUUGAUGUCCCAAUCCCCCACAGUGCCACAUUGUCCUAAUAUUCGGGGGUGAAGGGGUUCUCCAGGCAAUGUUGUGUGCCCAAGUGCCACAUAUGCAUUAUGGGAGGGAUUGGUGGGGGGAGAAGAAGGUGGGGUUAGGAGGGUUUAGAGCUUUCCUUGAUGGACUUGUUUUAAAAUAAAAUAAAAUACAGGAAAAUACGAAAAAAAAUGCAAUGGAUAAGAAAAAAACACAAAAAAAAAACAAGCCGUCAGAUGAGAUCAUCAGUUGGCGGAAAUAAAAUUUGCGUGAAUGCAAACAAAAAAUAUGCAGCUAAACUUUCUGUGAAAAGAAAAAGUGCAAAUAAAACUUACAAAAAUGAA